UGACUGGGCCGCCUGAAGAAGGCUGCAGUCCUGCGUGCUGCCAGCCCCGUGAUGACCCCUUGACCUCGCCGUACACCCGCCAUGACCGGAAGCGUUCCUGUCCCAAGUUUAGGUGUUCCUCCUCUGAAUACCCCGCCUGUUCAGAGUUAAAUGACAGUUAUAGGGGGCGUUUUGACAACGACACAAACUAAAGUUCCAUACUGUUAUGUUAACUUUUGUGUUACCCCUUAGGACCUGCGGGACACCAUUGCUGGACCAAACUCUCUUUCCUUGCGAUAGAGGACCUUUCUUCCAGGCUGGUCGUUGAUUCGUGUUGGCUCUUCUCCUUUUUAUCUGCUGCUCUUUUUUAUUCAAACGAAUUAUGUCAUCUGUCAAGAGUUAAACGAGGAUUGAGACCCCAAAUGCAACUAACUCACAUCAAUGGCUGACAGAAACCUGAUAGUGGUUCACUUCAAGCUAAUGCUAACGACAUGACGGAUACCUCACCGAGGGACAUGUCCACCUUAUCGGGCAUAACCGCGGGUUUUUUCCUUCCACCAGGUGUAAAAUUACGUCCGUUCAUUCCGACAGAUAGCACAAGUGACUAAAAAAAAUGCUAGUUUAAAACUCGUUUCUUCCUUUUUAAGCAAAAUUGUCGCACGACCCUCCCUUAUUAUUACUUUUACGCAUGCGCGAGUCGUAAUUGUUGCAUUGUGGGUAAUGUAUUUCAUCUUUGCAUGCUGGUAGUCAGUUAGUGGGUGUGCCUGUGGAUAUGGCGGCGUUCCAUUCAGCUCAUCCAGUUUCAGCCUGAGUUACGGUUUAGUAACUGUUACUGUUUUUAAUUUUUCACGGUUGUGAUGGUUUGUAUAAAAUAUACAUAUAGUUAUGCAUCAUAAUGUUGUAAUAUUGGUAUAUAGACGUGUUGGAAAGAAGAUCGGGUAGUUCUUUUGUCAUGAAGGAAACGAGGUGUCAUAGAUAGCUAAAUGGAACACGUCCAUUUUGUUACAAAAGCAUAUCAUCAACAUGCUCUCGUAACUGGUUGUGUAAACGUAAAACAUCACUACCAUCGUGAGCGUUCUGACAUUUUCUGACUUUCUCGUUAUUUCAUUCAACUUAAAUCAAACUCAUGUCAUUUCUUGCUGGCUUUUGACAUUUUUUUCCGGAAGCUUUAUACCGUGUAUGUUGCAUUCUUUUACAAGAAGGUCAAGUUCAUUUUCCUCGUUCGCCAGAAGAACCGUCAUGUCAGAGAAAAAGCGCAAAGCAACCUCUUCGGUUUGUGCAGCGCCAAGUGCUAAGCAGCAGAAGGUGGCUCCUAUCAAAGGGGAGAAAGGCGAGAAACCAGCAGGGUGGCUGCAGGACCAUGUCCAAGUCCAGAGGUCCAACAACAGGGACACGGAAGUCAACAAGAAUCGUAUUCGGUUUAUAUCAGACACCAGGCAGACAAAACAGGACUCAAAGGGUGUUCUGUAUUGGAUGCUGAGGGAACAGAGAGUACAAGAUAACUGGGCAUUGAUCCAUGCCCAGCACCUUGCAAAGAAGGACAGCUUGCCUUUGCACAUUUGUUUCUGCUUGUUUGCCCCCAAAUCGGAGCUGUCCACCCUGAGACACUACGGCUUUAUGGUGAAAGGUCUAGAAGAAGUUGAAAAGGAAUGCAAAUCCUUAGACAUCCAGUUCCAUCUGCUGCACGGUUCUGCAGGGAAAGUGCUACCCGGCUUUGUGUCUGACCACAGCUUUGGGGCGGUUGUGACCGACUUUUCACCCCUCAGGGAGCCUAUUAAGUGCUUGGAGGACGUUAAAGAGAGUCUCCCAGAUGAUGUUCCUCUCCUUCAGGUUGAUGGCCAUAAUAUUGUUCCAUGCUGGGUAGCGUCUCCAAAACUUGAAUAUGCUGCCAGGACAAUUAGGGGCAAAAUCACUAAACUCUUGCCGGAGUUCCUUACUGAUUUUCCCCUGGUUGAGAAGCACCCCCACACAGCUACAAAAACCGCCAAACCAGUAGACUGGGCCAAAACCCUGGCCUCCCUGCAGGUGGACAGAACAGUGGGCGAGCCAGAGUGGGCCCAGCCAGGCCCCAAGGCAGGGAUGGCCAUGUUGGAGUCCUUCAUCGAUGUUCGCCUCAAACUGUUUGGCACUCACCGCAACGAUCCAAAUGCUGCUGCACUCAGCCAACUCUCCCCCUGGAUCCACUUUGGACACCUGUCUGCCCAGCGUGCGGCGCUGGAAGUCAAGAAGUGUGGCAAGAACGCCAGCGAAUCGGUCGCACCGUUCAUAGAAGAGCUGGUGGUGCGCCGAGAGCUGACCGACAACUUCUGUUUCUACAACAAGAACUACGACAACGUGGAAGGUGCUUAUGAGUGGGCUCAAAAGACCUUGAAAGAUCACUCUAAAGACAAGAGGCCAUAUUUGUACAGUCGAGGUCAACUGGAGAAAGCCAAGACGCACGAUAAGCUGUGGAACGCAGCUCAGUAUCAGAUGGUCUCUGAGGGGAAGAUGCACGGUUUCCUGAGAAUGUACUGGGCCAAAAAGAUUCUCGAGUGGACGUCUUCUCCAGAGGAGGCACUCUCCAUCGCUCUGUACCUCAAUGAUCGCUAUUCGCUUGACGGCCAGGAUCCCAACGGCUUUGUUGGUUGUAUGUGGUCUAUUUGCGGUAUCCAUGACCAGGGCUGGGCAGAGAGACCAGUUUUUGGGAAGAUCCGUUACAUGAACUACAAAGGCUGCCUUCGCAAGUUUGAUGUGGCCCGGUUUGAGAAGAAGUACUGUCCCAAAGAUCUUUGAAAAGUGGGAUGUUUGUUUUUUUUUGUAAGCUCUUAGUCAACAUAUCAACUCGGGGGAGGUGUAGGCCAUGUCCACAGGAAUGUGGGCAUUUUAAAAACACUUUGGAAUGUGUUUUAGUCUCUCAUCCACACACACACGAGAGUUUUUGACUUUUGGAAAUAAGUCUUAAUGACAAUGUACACGUCAUUGUACUUCUAGUAUCUCACCACAGUUGUCCCUCGCCACAACGUGGUUCGAAUUUCACGGUUUCACUCUAUCAUGGUUUUUCAAACAUUAAUACAUCCAUCCAUACAUGCAGUUUUGUGGUUGAAUACAGCCUAUUAUUAAGCAUUUUCAAGCAUAUAAAAGGCUGAAUAAACUAAUAUAUACUAAUACAAAAAGAAGGAUUCCAAUUGUGAAUGUAGUAAUCUACAUUUGUUUGUUGAUGGCCUCAACAACAGGCUUUAUUACAGGUUUAAAUGUUCUCACAACAGGCACAAUAAUAUAUAAUACACACACACACACACACACACACACACACACACAUAAUAAACAAAAUAAUAACAUGGGCUAGCACAAGCACAAGUUUUAUUUAGGUCUUAAAUUGCUUAUUUUCUAUGAUUAUACAGUAUAUACUGUUGAGGGUAAUACAAGUGUAAAGGUCAAUAUAGGGGUGUUAGUUCAUGUCCGGAGGGCUCUAAAAUGUUAAAAAUUGUAUUUGUAUUGUAUGGUUUGGUCUGGAACCAAUUAAACUGUGCUUGUGUGGAUGGAGGAUUUUUUUUUUUUUUUUUUUUUUUACACCAGUGAGGUGGAAAAGUGUGUUUUUGAAACUAUCCGCGUUCUUGUGGACAUGGCCUUACUUCCUUAUUUUCCAGCUUGUUGAUGAUUAGAUGUUACAGAACAUUUUGAUAUGUUUGUCAGACUAGAUGUUCUUAUAAGUGUCAGCAAGGGUGCAGCAAUACAAGAAAUUGUAUGAUACAAAUGAUACAAAAAAUACAUUUUCAUGCCUUUUAGAACUUGUAUUUGACAUUUGUUUCAACACAAAAUUAUGUUUUUUUUUUAAUGUAAUGUUAUUAAAUGCUAUCCCUA